AUGCGUGCCCUUAUGCCCGACCGACCUUCACCUCAGGUUGAAAAGUUUGAUGGCACGACGAAUCCAGAUCAUCAUUUGCGGAACUUCAUUGAUUUUAUGGCCUUUUACACUCAAAGUGACCCGGUAAAAUGUCGGGCGUUCUCCCUGUCACUGAGGGGUGAAGCCCUAGAGUGGUAUUACACCCUUCCACCCAAUUCGGUGGAUAGUUUCCGCACGCUGACGAGCAUGUUCAAAAAGCAAUACUCCACCAACCGGUACGAGGAGGUUACUGCGUCCGAGCUAGUCAAUCUUAGACAGGGGAAAGACGAAACUCUCAGAGCCUUCAUGCAUCGAUACAAUCACGCCGCUCGGAGGAUAAAAGGUGCUAGUCCCGAAUUCAUCAUUAGUAGUCUACCCAAUUGCCUAAAAGCGGGAUUCGUCUCUGAAAGCUUAUACGCCGAGUUACCCAAUACGUUGGAGGAGUUGCAGCAAAAAAUGGCCAAAUUUAUUAAAAUGGAAGAUCAGAGGAUCUUUCGGAAACAACAGCACGAGGAGCAUCCGGUAAGUGGUAACAAGAAGGAGGGGAAGCGUCGAGUUGAGAACGUCCAGGAUCAGAAACCACCGGCGAAUCUAAACCCUAGAUACGACCGCUAUGCGCACCUUACCGUCCCUAGAGAAAAGGUGUUGGAGAGGGCUCUACAGGGGCAUACUACUGAACGCUGCCAAACUCUCAAAGACGAAUUGGAGAAGCUAAUCCGUGUCGGAAACCUCCGGGAAUUCGUGAAGGAGGAUUCUGGCCGCACAGGGCACUCUCCCAGAAAGACACGAAGAAGCCCAGAAAAUGCAAAGCAGAAGGGUAACCACUCACGCGAUCGUUCUCGUAGUCCCCCGAGGCACAGAUCCCGCAGUCGACCUAGAGAGCGGGAUCUCACGGUCAAAGGCAGGAUUGAUACUAUUUCGGGCGGUUUUGAUGGAGGAGGUGCUUCAUCCUCAGCCUGA